AUCCGUCCCUCUUUCACUCGAGAGCGGGGGUAACAUGAACGAUGCUGCCUCGUGAGAGAGACUGGACCGUCUCCGCCCAGGCGAAAGUCAAAAUAGCCGCUCUUGCGUGCCCGUACCUAGCCGUGCUCGCGUCGUGCGCUCGUUUCAGCAGCACCGUGCCCGCGCUUUUGCGCGAUGCAGUGUGGGAAUGGCUGUAGCGCUGGGGUUGGCUGAACGAGGUGGCCAGUCGAGGUUUAAUGUCCGCCAUGUUGGCCGUGGCGUAUUGAGCAGACCCAGAGCGGCGGCGUUGAAAAAACGGCGCUCUGGCCUAGCCGCACUAGUCGCCGUCGCUGGGACCCGCCUCAGAGCGAGUCCCGCCCCGUCGCGGGAGUCCCGGUCCCUCCAUGACAACUCUCGGCGAGGUCCGGCUCUCACCUCGGAGCGCUCUCGCUGCCUCCGUGCGCUGUGCUGGAGCAGCAGCAGCCACCAUAGCAGUUGUAGCCGACGACUAAUAUGAGCAAACUGUCGUUCCGGGCCCGGGCGCUGGACGCGUCUAAGCCGCUUCCCGUCUUCCGCUGUGAGGACUUGCCCGACCUGGCCGAGUAUGCCUCGAUCAACCGUGCCGUGCCGCAGAUGCCCACGGGCAUGGAGAAGGAAGAGGAGUCGGAACAUCAUCUCCAGCGGGCCAUUUCAGCACAGCAGGUAUAUGGAGAGAAGCGGGAUAAUAUGGUUAUACCAGUCCCAGAAGCAGAAAGUAAUAUUGCUUAUUAUGAAUCUAUAUACCCUGGAGAAUUUAAGAUGCCAAAGCAGCUUAUUCACAUACAGCCUUUUAGUUUGAAUGCUGAGCAACUGGAUUAUGAUUUGGAAUCAGAAGAUGAGGCCUUUGUGAAUAAGCUGAAGAAAAAAAUAGAUAUUUCUCCUUUGCAGUUUGAAGAAAUGAUAGUUCAGCUUGAAAAAGGAAGUGGUCAGCAGCCAGUCAGCCUGCAGGAAGCCAAACUACUCUUAAAGGAAGAUGAUGAACUGAUUAGAGAAAUAUACGAGUACUGGAUUAAAAAGAGAAAAAACUGUCAACGUCCCUCUCUUAUCUCAGCAGUGAAACAGGAGAAGCGUGAUGGUUCCAGCACAAAUGAUCCUUAUGUUGCAUUUAGAAGGCGAACAGAAAAGAUGCAAACUCGAAAA